AAGAAAUGUCCUGCUUUUUAACAACCACCUGGGCGGAUGGUAGAUAAUCGGCUGGGACUACUAGCUUUGUGGAUUGUUAUUUUCACUACUGCGGAGUGAGUUAUUAAUUGGUUUCGACGUUUCGACUAGCUCAAAGAGUCAUCGUCAGGAGGAGACGAACAACUUAAAACCAUAAAGGGUUAUUCUGAAGUUUAUCAAGAACAAGAUAUUGGAGUAACAAAAGGCUUCGGUGAAGAAUUGCUUCUGGAACCGGUAUUUUUGACAGCAGUCACAAUGGAUUAUGUGUGGGUUUUGUUUUGGAGUUUAGCGGUUCCGGUAAUUGCCUACAUCACGGUGAACCUCGCCACCCGGGACCCCGCGCCGAUGUACGGCAUCUACGCCGUCCCGGGAAGGUGGUUCUCGCUGAAAUACUACACGAUGAAAGUAAUGUUGGCUCUGGUGAGACGCAAGAGGAUGCAAGAGUCAGAGGGGAUGGACGGGGAUUCGAACCCGGCACUGAGGCGAGUGCGUGAACUCGAAGUCUACUGUGGAAUUGGAGACGAUCCAAACGGUCACAACUCGUUCUACGUGAACGGCUCUGAUCUGACCGGGGCGACUCGACUGAUCGCACGGGUCGCCAUCAGGCCCGAUGCCCGGCGGGACGUUUGGUUCAUCUUAAGACUACCAGGCCGUGGUGACUUGGUGCUCCCACGGCACCCUCACUGCACUGUCUCUGGUGUCACGGGCCAGGGGUUCAAUGGGGCGGGUCUUGAAUGCUCGGUCAUUGAACCCCUGAGUAAAUGGAAGAUUGACUUCAAUGGAUACUGUCGGGGUGGAAUACGAAAAGACUGGAGUGAAGUGGACAACCGACCAUUGGUGCACGUCAAGUGUUCCUUUACAUGGACUGCAUCGACUACUUUCUACGACUUUGCCACCGAUGUGCACCCGAGCCUUGCUGCCGAAAAUAUCGCCAAGGAAAAGUGGUCGAAACAGCUCUUCCAAAACCUCAAAUCUAUGGAGCAAGGCCACUUCGAACAGUUUGGUACAAUCGAGGGCGUGGUCCAAGUUGAUGAUGGGGAGGAACAGGGCGUGGUCCUUACAGGCGUAAAAGACAGAUCGUCCGGUCCGCGAAGGUGGACGGACUUACAUAGCUACAUCUUAAACUUCAUUGUUCUUGAGAAUGGCACGUGUAUUCAGAUUGGAGCCUUUUGUUUUCCCGGUCGAGUUUCAAACUUGACUACUGGGUUUAUAAUCCACCCAUCUGGAGAGGUCAUCCCAGCCAUACAUGUCGAUCUACCAUUGGCUGAUUUGAUGGAACAAACGGAAGAUCCACCAAUGAAAUUUGCUUUUAGUAUGCAGCCACUUGUUGGAGACAGAUUAUCAGUGGAAGUGACAAUUGAUGACGUAAUGUUUUUCAACAUGGACAGAGACUGGAGUGUACAAAUCCGCGAGGGACUGAGCGAGUUUAAUGUGAACGGCGUCCGUGGGCUGGGCGUGUGUGAAAUUCUAAAGAGAUACCAAGGAAGCUGUCCUGUUCCUGAAAAUUAUGACACGCCUACUUGAAGCACCAUGGCAACAAUCAUGGUACCAAGGAGACAUGGUCAGGAUCACCACAUAGUGGACCAUAGAUGAAAUGGGUACCAUACAGGGUUUGCCCCCAACUAUUUUUUAAAGACGAGCCAGCGGGACAAGUUACCUUGUCAUUUCACUCGUCGUUCAGCUUUUCCACUUGUCCAUAAGUCAUUUUAAAUAGCAGGAAUGUGAGUACUAUCCAGGAAAAAAUAAAGAGGGAAAAGAGAAAACUUGGCAAGAAAAA